AUGUCUGCCGCUGCUGUCGUCUCCCAACUACGGAGCCUUUUGGAAAAGGCCAACUUGUUGAUUCCCAAAAUAUCGAAAAUUUACCCAAACGAAGAGCAAUGGGAAGCUCUUGGCGACAUAAGCAAGAGUCUUACAACAACUGCGACUAGAAUGGAAAACAAGAUCCGAGAGUCAAAAGAAUCACGUGUCGACAGAGCAUGGAAAGAAAGUGAAAAGCUUCGGUCCCAUGCUUUACUGUGUAAGGGGGAGCUAUUGACUAAUGGCCGGUUGAAGCAACAGCCGGUGUUCAGACGAAAUAUCGUCACUAUAUUCGAAGGCCCGAAGGACUCCAAGUUCGACUCCGAGGAGAUGAAAGUCCGAAAAGCCUUGACCCGACAAAGAUGUGAGCAGAUUCGGCAACUUAGUCCCAGCGGUGUUAUUUCAUGGGCAAUGGCCUACGCGCCUAGCCUUUGGGCGGCAGGAUCGAUGUCAAUGGACAUCUUUACCUGUCUUCUUGACGACAUCGAACCAGACCAACGUCCACCAUGGCCGUCAAUCGUUGGAGAAAUUUUACACAUGCUCUUAGACGACGAAGAAUCCUUGUCGGGAUCUUUGGAAUACCGUGAAUUUCUGAAAGCAUACGACUGUUUACCAGAUGUCUCCCUAGACCAUCGAAGAAAACGGAGACGAUUGGACAGCGGGCACAAUGAGGGAGUGACUCAGACGAGUCAAAUUUCUCCUUUAGAUGAGAAACGAGAAAUGAAGCAUAUGUACACAAAUCCCGACCCUGUCUGCAUAGACAGAUUGCCAGAGCCAUUUCAGACCGCUGUCAGAGAAAGCCGGUUUUGGAAGUGGGAAAGGAGCCAGGGUAUGAAAACAACAAGCAGCCUAGCCACGCUUUUCCCGAAGGACAACACGCAGGAUGUUUCCUUGACCAUCUGGUGCGGAAAUCAUGAAGCCUACCAUCUCCACGAUGUCUUUGGGCUACAGCUUGCACAUUCAUCUUAG